UACAUCACCGUGUUUUGGCCUCGAGGAACAGUGUGUCGGAAUAAAUCUUUGGGAUUUGCUCUAAAACCUUAUAAACUUAUGUUUGUGCCGUUCAUGACAUGAUUCAGCCUAAAGUAGAUGCAUUAUUGGUGUGUUGUAGGAUGUAAGGUGGUUGUUAUAAUACAGUGUGAAAGUUAAAGUUAUUGCUAAAAACAAAAGUAAGGUGGAUUUCAGGCAUGGGGCGUAAAAAACAGGGUAAAUGUGAGCAACCCAUUCACAAGGGCAAAGAGACACGACACAGGAUGAAGGGGAAAUCAUUAGAAACUUUCACAGAGGAGAUGCAUGAGGCUCUGCAAGCCAGUGAGGAUGCGGAUUCAGAGGCGGCAGGAGGUGUGAAGUUGCCCUGUCAGUUGGCCAUGUGGGAUUUGGGUCACUGUGACCCGAAACGGUGUACAGGACGGAAGCUGGCCAGGAAAGGUUUUGUGCGCUGCCUGCGACUCAGCCAGCGCUUCAAUGGCCUGAUACUCAGCCCGAUGGGAAUCAAAUAUGUUACACCUGCAGACAAGGAGAUUGUGGCACAGGGUGGUCUAGCCGUGAUUGACUGUUCAUGGGCGCGGCUUGAAGACAUGCCUUUCAGCAAAAUGAUUGGCUCACAUCCGAGGCUUUUGCCGUACUUGGUCGCAGCAAAUCCUGUAAACUACGGAAAGCCAUGCAAGCUGUCUUGCGUUGAGGCUUAUGCCGCCACUUUCUGUAUUGUGGGAUUUCGUGACCUUGCUGUGCUCCUGCUGAGGAAGUUUAAGUGGGGUUUGGGAUUUUUGGUGCUGAAUAAGACUCUUCUAGAGCGUUAUGCAGCCAGCCAAUCAGAAGAGGAACUACUGGCUGUGGAGAAAGAGUUUCUCAGUGCCGCCCCUCAGGAAGAGGAUAUAGAUCCUUUCGAUGUGGACUCAGGAAGAGACUUUGUGAAUCUCAACAGACCAGUCCAGGCUGAGGAUGAUGACAAUGACGAGACAUCAGAGGAAGAAGAUGAUGGUGAGGAGAAAGAACAGAAGAGUAAAGAGGAAGAUGAUGAAAGUGAUGAGGAGUCUUGAGUUGUGUAAUCUUAAAAUGAAACAUUUGGGGAAGAAGGGCGUUCGGUGACUGAUUUACUAACAUUGACCUUCACUUGACAUGAGCAAACUUCUGUUUUUUCAGUGUUUGCAGAUGGUUGCAGAUAUGGAACUAGUAAGUUAACAAAACAGUAAUCAGUUACUGAUGUCAUGAUUUCAGUAAGCAACUUCCCAAAAGACUUUAUAAUGUGCAAAAUGUACUAUUUGUUCACGAGAAGAAUAUCAAACUGUUAUAACAUUUAUUAUAACGAAAAAUGUUGACUGUUGUUUAUAAGCAGACUGAAAUGUUUAAAUAAAUAUUUAAAU